AUGGAGGAGAGUUUUAAUUUCAACUGGGACAGUGACAGCGAUGAGGAGUUUUUCGGAUUUGGAGAGGAGGACUUGGAGGGGGUCCUGUGUGGUCCAGGGGAGGACGAGGAGGGAGUCGAAGAAGGAGGAGCGGCCGGCAACUUCACUGAGGCCGGCGACUUCACUGGCUGUAGUGAGGGAGACGCCCCGCGGGCGUGGCUAGAUGUGACCGGCAAGACGGUGGCCACUGAGGGGGAGAGGAAGCGAUCUGAUGGGAGGAUCCCUUUUGUACACACCAACCCACGACCUGGUCCGCAGAGAGUUUGGGAUUGUAGUGAUCCAUACCUUUUUUUUAAAGCCUUUUUUAGCGAUUGUGUCAUUGAUCUCAUGGUGGCUGAGACAAACCGCUAUGCUGAGGCGUUAGCUUCCACCGAGCUAGCGAGUCACUCUCGUUUACGUGACUAUAAACCCACUGAUCGCUCUGAGAUGGAGGCGUUUUUGGCCAUUCAGAUCAGCAUGGGUCUGACUAGAAAGCCUCAAAUUGCUGAUUACUGGAGCACCCAAAGUUCACUGGGCUUGACACCAAAUUUCGCCCGUGUAAUGACACGCAACCGCUUUCAGCUCUUGUCCUCCUGCAUCCACUUCAAUGACAACUCUCUGAGGUUGGAGAGAGGUCAGCCGGGUUAUGAUCCACUUUUUAAAAUCCGCCCACUUAUGGAUCUAGUCCUGAAGAGUUUUCAGAGCGAGUACUACCCCCACGAACACCUCUCCAUUGAUGAAUCCAUGGUUUCAUUUCGUGGAAGGGUGUUUUUUCGUCAGUACGUGCCAAAUAAAAGACACCGGUUUGGUCUGAGGAAUUUUGUCCUAUCAGACGCGACAAGUAAUUACACGUACCUGUGGCACGUAUACACUGGAGGGGCCUUCAACUACGAUCGCUGUCUGGGUAUUGGCCAUAGUUCAGUUGUUGGCUUGCUAAGGGAAGCCAAGCUUUUGGGGAAGGGACACAGUCUCUAUACUGACAGCUACUACACCUCACCCGCUCUUUUCCAAGAGCUCCACCGGCAAAACACGGGCGCGUGUGGAACUGUUCGUGUGAACAGGAAAGGCAUGCCCCCUCAACUCCAUGGUCUGAAACUGCGGCCUUCAGAUCCCCCUGUGUUUUUUGAAAAACGUCCACUUUUAACUGCGUCUUUUCGUGAUGCUGGCACAGUCACCGUCCGCUCCACAGUGCACGACAAUCUCGUUAUCACCAAACGAGUGCGUAGCAAGGGGCCUGAUGGCUACAGAACUUUGCGCAAGCCAAAGAGCGUGGAGGACUACAACCGCUUCAUGGGAGGGGUAGAUCGCGGAGACCAGCUAUGCUCCUAUUACAGCUACCAACACCGUGCAAUGAAGUGGUACCAUCGGUUGUUCCAUCAUAUCCGAGAGGUCGCACUUGUGAAUGCCUACAUCUUGCACAAAGAAAGUGGCAAUACAAUGCAGUCGGCUGGAUUCCGCGAGCUUGUGGCCAUUCAGCACACCGUUAGUGCCCGUGCGUCUCACUGGUCGACACUUUCUCGGACAACACGAGAAAUCGCGUCCGGACUGCAAAGUCUGUUCCACGCGGAAGCGCAGUCCAGAUGA